CAAACCCACACAUCUAUUAAAAAAGAAAAGGAAUGAAAUUAAAAUAAUUUAAAAUUCAGCAACUCUGCCCAUAGCCAAUCGAUAAUCCUAUACAAAAAAAUGCUUGGUUGAGGAAAUUUUAUGCGAUAAUAAAACUCUUUUCUUUAAUUCUCUCGAUCUUUUUCUGAAUCUUUCAAAUUCAUUUAGAGUAAUGGGAACUUAAUAGGAGAAAUUAAUGGCAUCCCUAUGUAUGAACUCAUCGUUACCACUCUCUCCAUCUUCUCAUCCUCGCAACCUCACCCAAACCUCUCUUUCUUCUUCAUCAUCUUCUUCUCUGUUUGUUGAUAACAACAACAACAAUCAUCAUCAUAACAGCCUUAGAACAACAAGUACCUUGAAGCCUAUUGUUGUUAGUGGAAACCCUCCCACUUUUGUUUCCGCUCCCGGUCGCACUAUUCUCGCUGUUGGAGAUCUUCAUGGAGAUCUUAAGCAAGCUAGAUCUGCACUUGAAAUGGCUGGUGUGUUGAGCCCUGACGGUCAAGACUUGUGGACCGGUGGAGAAAAUGUGUUGGUUCAACUUGGAGAUAUAUUAGAUCGAGGUGAAGAUGAAAUCGCUAUCCUGUCCUUGCUACGGUCAUUGGAGAAACAGGCAAAAGAAAACGGUGGAGCUGUGUUUCAGGUAAAUGGAAACCAUGAGACGAUGAAUGUGGAAGGGGAUUUCAGAUACGUUGAAUCUGGUGGAUUUGAUGAAUGUAGUGAUUUCAUGGAAUAUAUCAAUAAUUCUGAAGAUGACUGGGAAGAAACAUUUACUGGUUGGGUCGAUGUAUCUGAAAAGUGGAAAGGAGAUCGAGCAAUGUCAACAAGUAAUUGGGGGCCUUGGAAUUUAGUGAAGAGGCAAAAGGGAGUCAUUGCUCGAUCAAUCCUCUUUAGGCCGGGUGGGCCACUGGCAUGCGAGCUUGCAAGACACGCCGUUGUGCUUAAAGUUAAUGAUUGGGUCUUCUGUCAUGGCGGCCUUCUUCCUCACCACGUUGCAUAUGGCUUAGAGCGGAUGAACAAAGAAGUGUCUGAGUGGAUGCGAGAUCCAAGUAAGAAUGACAGUACUUUCCAACUCCCUUUCAUUGCCACCAGGGGUUAUGACAGUGUUGUUUGGAAUCGGUUGUAUUCAAGAGACUCACCGGAUUUGAUGGACUAUGAGGCUAAUCAGGUAUGUUCCAUUCUCGAGGAAACACUGCAAGCAGUUGGUGCUAAGGCUAUGGUGGUGGGACAUACUCCUCAAACUACGGGUGUAAAUUGUAAAUACAAUUGUAGCAUAUGGCGCGUAGAUGUUGGAAUGUCCAGCGGAGUCCUUAAUUCAAGACCAGAGGUUCUAGAAAUUAUAGACGACAAAGCAAGAGUUAUCAGGAGCGAAAGGGAUACAUACAGCGAACUUCAAGCGGCUGCAUAUACUUAACGACAGACAAUUCCGAAAGCAGGGAAAUAAAGCUAUUUCUGAGUAUUAUGCUUCUGCAGAAUUGAAGGCAAAUAUUUUUUUUGAAGUUAAAUAUAGCCUGUUAAUGACUUGAAAGCAAGGUGAAAAUAGGAUGCAGAAGAAUAAAAGUUGGAAAAUGGGAAAUAUGAGGUGGUAAAUAAUCCAAAUAUUGUACUUAAUUGAUUAUAUUUUCACAAUUACAUUGAGUAGUCCCAACUUAAAUUGCUCCAUUA